ACUCCUCCUCUUUUUCAGAAGUUUGUGCGUUCCAUGCCAUGGCCAUACCUCUCGGGUCUGGGCACUAUUUUUAUUGUUUGGAAGCCAAACCUAUGUGAAUGACUGGGCUGGGCUGAGCCGGGCUUGGGCUGUUUAGGUAGUCAGGGCUGAGGCGUAGUAGGGUAGCAUGGCCGGCGGCUGCAUGGGCAUAGCAGCGUUCGGUAACCGGUACACACGUGUCCUGCUCCGGGCUGUCCACGGCACCGGAAUCCUUCACCUAUCUCUUUCUCUCCGCCCUUUUGGGAUCCUCCGACCGAAUCAUUGCGCGCAUGCACACUGCCUUCGGUUGAUAGCUCAGCUCGGCACAAGAGAGUGAAACAAUGACACGACACUUCUCGGCGGCGGCGGCGGGGGUGGUGCAGCGGUACUACUGCGGCGGCGCGUGCGACGGCCGGGAGGACGGUGCGGUGCAGGCGAUGCUGCAGUGCCAGCGGGUGAGCGACUUCCUCAUCGCCGCCGCCUACCUCUCCAUCCCGCUCGAGCUCCUCUACUUCGCCUCCUGCGCCGACAUCGCCCCGCUCAAGUGGCUCCUGCUGCAGCUCGCCUCCUUCGCCGUGCUCGGCGGCACGACCCACCUGCUCGCCGUCUUCUCCCACACCCACCCGCACUCAUCCGGCCUCCUGCUCGCCUCCACCGCCACCAAGCUCCUCGCGGCCCUCGUCUCCUUCGCCACCGCCGUCUCCCUCGUCAUCUUCAUUCCCCGCCUCAUCCGCGCAAAGCUCCGGGAGGCGCUCCUCCGCUCCAAGGCCCGCCAGCUCGACCGCGACCUCGGCAUCGUCCGCCGCCGCGUCGAGGCCACCUCCCGCGUCGUCCGCAUGCUCACCCACCACAUCCGGAGCUCCCCGCCGCUCGACGCGCACACCAUCCUCCACACCACCAUGCUCCACCUCGCCGACGCCCUCGCGCUCCACAGCUGCGCCGUCUGGAUGCCUGGCCACGACGCCGGCGCCGAUCUACACCUGGUGCACCAGCUCAGCCUCAGAGAUAAGGGCCCCGUCAGCGUCGUGCUGGGCUCGCAGGCCCCAAUCUCCACGGAUGACACCGACGUGGCUGACGUAAUGGCCAGCGAGGCUGCCAAGGUGCUCAGGCCAGGCUCGGCACUCGCCAUGGCAAGCAGCGGUGGCCUCCAACCGCGGGGAGCCGUGGCUGCCAUACGGAUCCCCAUGCUCAAGGUCUCCAAUUUCGACGGAAGAAAGGCACCAGUGGCGAGCUCAUAUGCCAUCUUGGUGUUGGUUCUUCGCAACAAGCAGGAUGGCGACAGCAGUAGCAGAGAAUGGGGCAGCCAAGACCUGGAGGUUAUGCAGGUGAUCGCAGAUCAGGUCGCCGUGGCGCUCUCCCACGCGGCCGUCCUGGAGGAGUGGCAGGCCAUGCGCGAAAAGCUCGCCGAGCAGCACAGGGCCCUGCUGCACGCCAAGCACGAAGCCAUGAUGGCGACCAAUGGUAUCAACAAUAUCCAGAGCGCCAUGUGCCACGGCAUGCGAAAGCCGAUGUACUCGAUCAUCGGGCUGCUCUCCAUUGUGUCUCAGGUGGAGAACAUGCGCCCCGAGCAGAGGCUCGUGGCCGACGCCAUUGCCAGGACAAGCACCCUCUCCUUGGCACUGAUGAACGAUGUCGCCACGGAGACGUUGACGGUGGAUCGCAGGCCAUUCGGCCUCCACUCCCUGAUCAGAGAGACGAUGAGCGUAACGGGAUGCCUGGCCGGCUGCGAAGGAGUUGGUUUCUCCUACCAGCUGGAGAAUUCCUUGCCGGCGUGGGUCGUCGGCGAUGAGACACGAGUCUUCCAUCUCCUACUGCAAAUGGUAGGUGGUCUGCUUAGCCAGCAGCGCAGCGACGCAGGGCGUCUCUUGUUCUCCGUCAGUACCUGCACAGCGGGCCAAGAGGAUUGCAUCCCGGCGCAGCCAAAUCUAUCUCCAGGUUGCAGCAUAUGUGUCAAGUUUCAGGUUGCGAUGGAAAGAUCAACUGGAUGCAGCCAAUCUCCUGGUAGACCGGUCGGCUCUCAGACCAGCCUGUGCAAGUUUCAGUCUGUGACUGAAAGAUCAGUUGGGUGCAGCCGAUCUCCUGGUAAACCAAUCAGCUCUGAGAUCAGCAUGUGCAAAAAGAUUGUGCAGAUGAUGAAAGGUAGCAUGCGGUCGGCAUUGGAUGGAGAAACCAUCACGCUCUUCCUGCAGUUCCAGCUGCAACAAUCAGGCGUGUGCCGAAGAACCCCAUUGUCCGUUCCUCGCUUCGAUGGCCUGAGGAUCCUGCUCGCUGAUGGCGACUGCAUGAGCCAGGCGGUGACGCAGAAGCUCCUCGAGAAGCUCGGCUGCCAGGUCACAUCAGUGUCGUCAGGACUCCAUUGCCUGGCCUUACUGGGGAGCGCCGACUCUUCUUUCCAGCUCCUCUUUCUUGACCUCGACAUGGAUGCGUUUGAGGUGGCACUCCGGAUCAGGGAGCUCAGGAACAGGUGCUGGCUCCUCAUAGUCGCAGCUGUCGCCGUGAGCAUCGACGACAGCGUCCGUGAGAUGUGCCGACGGUCGGGGAUAAACGGUCUGAUCCAGAAACCUAUCACGCUGGCGGCACUAGGAGCUCAGCUCUACAGAGUCGUUCGGAACUGAUGAUGGAAAUCACGUCAUUGAUCAAAUGCAUGGUGCCUCUUCUAUUUCCAUCACAAGACAAGGAGCUGGGAGCUGACCCACAAGCCUCUUAGAUAAAGCAUGGGAUACUUUGGUGAAAACUUAGUAAUCCUUUGCACAUCUAGUUUCAUAUUGAUCCUGGGAGUCGUUUGCGAGAAUGCAUUUCGGAGGAAGAAACAUGUAAUGCGCGAGAUAAUAAAGGGGCGUGAUAAAACAGCAAGUAGAGAAGGGGCAACAUACACUCACCAGCCACCAGGAAUCCAGGAUAGCAGCAAGAUCUUACAGAGGAACAUGAGAAUCUCCAACUGAGAAUGUAUGUUUUACUGAAGCACGUAAUAUCCCUUGUUAUGCACUGUACUGUUGUAUUGCUGCUGCACUGUACUGGUGGGAGCAGAAAGGAGACCAAUGAUGGAAUAAUUUCAGGUAGAAAUUAACACACGGGGAUGCAAUAUUUCUACAACAAGAGGUUGCAAUCUGCACUGUAUGUUGUCUGGUUCUUGCUGGUCAGCAACGAAAUAAAUAGAUGAAAUUGACGGCACUAGGGGCUCAGCUCUACAGAGUCAUUAGGAACUGAUGAUGGUGUUGAUCUCAAGUAUGGUGCCUGCUCUGUAUCCGCCACAAGACAAGGAGCUGAUCUACAAGAAUCUUUAAGAGAAACAUGAGGAAAGAUUGACAAGAAAUAUUUGUAGUUUCCAAUAGUUUGCACAUAUAGUUCAUAUUGAUUCGGAGUGUAGUUUGCGAGAAUGCAUUUCGGAGGAAGAAAACAUGUAUGUGCGAGAAAACAAAGGGGCGUGAACUAAAAUCGAAAGUAGAGAAGGGGCAGCAUAGACUCACCAGCCACCAGGAUAGCAGCAAGAUCUUACAGAGUAACAUGAGAAUCUCCAACUGAGAAUAUGUAUGUUUUACUGAAGCACGUAAUGUAA